AUGGCUUCCGAAGAGCUGGUUGAUUUCGAUAUUAUCGAGGCUCAAAAGGAAAAUGUCCAGUCUCUCCCAGGAGGCCGAUCGGCUCGAGAGCUUGCUCGGAUCUUUUCUGGUGGGAGCAACACAAGUGACAAGAUCCCCUCACCGUCACCAAAUGGCACACGAACUAUUAACGAUGCCAUGCGCCUGGAAUAUGAGAAUGAAUUGCAGUCAAUAGGGGAAUCGGACGACCCUCUCGAUGUUUACGACCGUUAUGUGAAAUGGACCCUGAACGCAUACCCCUCCGCACAAGCAACACCCGAAUCUGGCCUACUCCCCCUUCUGGAACGGGCAACCAAAUCCUUCCUGUCCUCAUCACACUACCGAAAUGACCCUCGCUAUUUACGCCUAUGGCUCCACUAUGUUCGACUAUUUUCUGAUGCCCCGCGCGAGACAUUCGCUUUCCUGGCUCGUCACAAAAUCGGUGAGAGUCUAGCACUUUUCUAUGAAGAAUUUGCCAGGUGGCUCGAGGGUGCUGGCCGUUGGUCUCAGGCCGAUGAGGUUUACAGACUUGGUAUCGACCGUGAAGCACGACCGGUAGAAAGAUUGGCCCGCAAAUACAACGAAUUCCAACAACGAUAUGAUCACCGACAGCAAGACACCGGCCCAUCCUCACCCGCUCUCCCCAAGGUUCGUGCUGCGCUGGGCGUCAAAAUGGACCCAUUUGCCCCGUCAGAGACCUCGGAUCCCCAGGCUGCACAGCCAUCACCCCAGCCAAGCGCUGCCCCUAAGACAAAAUCCGGAAAGCCAAAGAUGGCCAUUUUCUCGGACGCUGAUUCAGCUGCACCGGGCCCUGCAACUGGUGGAGCGACGAAAGGAUGGGAAAGUAUUGGCUCGAUGCGAGAUCGCAAGAAGGAGAAUGAAGUGGAGGCGAAGCCUUGGGCAGGAGAAACUCUGAAGGCUGGCAAAAAAGCAGCGCCAGUUCAAAAGAUGGCUAUCUUCAGGGAUCAGUCAAAUCCAGAUCUUCCUUCCAAGAAACCAAUGCAACCGAAACAAUUACCUGAGCAUCAUGUAAGGGAAGCCGUGAACCCACGGACAGGCCGUCGAGAGCGUGUAUUUGUCGACCUCGAAUCAGUAUACCCCGACCGUUCAAACCCUGCCCAUGAAGUGAGCUUCGAAGAGCUCAGAGCUAUCAAACGCGGAUGGAUGGACAAGGAUUGGCGGAAAGAGAAGCAGGCCUUACGACAAGUUUCUGGGGGUCCAGAUCCCUCCGAGUCUUUGCCAGACCAUCUCGUCGAGAAUCUAACCAUAGACACACGUCACCAAUACCAAGACCAAGACGAAAACCAUGAACCUAAGCCUAGCAAAUCGCAUCGCACCAAGUCCAGGGGGGAAUCGUCGCAGACGCAAACUGUCAAAAUGAACUUCGACUCUCCGUCUAAGAAGAAAGUUCGGCGAAAGAGUACCAAGGAGCCAACGAUGACCAUGCACACUCGCGCAGCAACCGAUGAGAUAUACAGCAUUUUCAACCAGCCAUUGAAGGCAGAAACCGAGGAGGACGCUGACAGCUUCUGCGAGAGUGAUUAUGAAGAUGACGACGCUGCCAGCACUGGUGACAGUACAGGCACAGGGCACCACUCUGCAGCCUCGAGUGAUUUCGGCGAUGAAGAGACCCAGACGUUCCACAAAUCUUACGACGAUACCGAUUAUGCCAAUACCACUCGGGCCGGAAGCAUUGAUGGCGAGGAUGGUGAUUGGACCGAGUUUAAUCCUGGCCGUGAUAUUCCAGGUCUCGAGAAUGUCGAAGUUACUUCCCAUUCUGUCCAUUCUGUCGGCGACGAAGAGGAAGGUAGUCCGACAGUUGGGACACCGGACAGGAAAGGAUUCAUGCCAGAGAUGCCCGAUGACUACGCUCCUCCAUGGGGAACUUAUCGCGAUCCUGCAGUGAUGGCUCAGAACCGUUUGCCUUUCAUGACACCUAUUGUGGAGCGAACGGAGUGCUCAAUUCCUUCUAUGACCGUUGCCCGCAACAACUUGUAUAACGCAAAGACACCAUCCAAGCCUCGAUCGCCCGCUGAUGAUCUGUUGCUUGACAGCCCACUAGGAGGUAGCACACCAUACCGAGACCUCACGGUUACAUCGACAGCCGAUGUUCCAUUCAGUCCAACUGCCUUUAAGGCGCUUGCACCCAAGCUGCGGAGGCGCGAAGCUGUGAUUAGGGACUCACACUGCAACCCGACCGACAAGGGUAUUCGUAACACGAUUCUCAAUUCUCUGGAGCCACCUCUUGCCGCCUACACCGGUUAUAAUGAACACGUGGAAGACAGCAACUAUGCUUCAAUGAUUCACAAGUUUGUGAAGACCCACACCAGACGAUCAAAGAGCGCCGACGAUGAUGAGUUUGACACCCCAAUCCUUGAAUUCCCGGGAGCGGAACGAAGCUACAUCAUUCGGCGUGAGCUUGGAGCCGGCGCAUAUGCUCCAGUCUAUCUAGCCGAGAGUGUCGACAGUCUAGAAUCAUACGAUUCCGACUCCGACGAUGGCGCAGGUCCAGACGGAAAAGGCUUGCUCAAGCCACCAAACGCCUACGACACACCUCGUUUCCACUUUGAGGCUGUCAAGGUCGAGAAUGGGCCGUCAAGCGCAUGGGAGUUCUAUAUGAUCCGCACUGCGUACGAGCGUCUUCGACAAAAUAAUGACUAUCGAGUGACAGACAGUAUUGUUCGUGCACACGAGCUUCACGUUCAUCGGCGAGAAAGCUUUUUGGUGGAGGACUAUCGAGGACAGGGUACAUUGCUGGACCUCGUCAACAUAGUCCGCAACGAAUCUCUCAACACCAACCCCACGGCCGAAGGAGGUCUGGAAGAGGCUCUCGCGAUGUUCUUCUCGGUUGAGCUUCUCCGGACUGUGGAGGCCCUGCACGCAAACGGAGUCCUUCACGGCGAUAUCAAAGCAGACAAUUGUCUCGUUCGUCUCGACGAAGCGACCAACGAACCACCUACCAAAGCCCUCUCUCUCCUUGACCUCGGCACCGAUGAGUCACCUUCAGACCCUCGCGAAAGCAUCCACUAUGCCCCCAGUGGCUCUCACGGCUGGCAACAGAAAGGUCUCGCUCUGAUCGACUUCGGCCGCGCAAUUGACAUGCAUGCCUUCUCGCCUGGCGUCCAAUUCCUCGCUGAUUGGGAAAAGGUCACCCACGAAUGUAAUGAAAUCCGCGAGAAACGCCCCUGGACCUAUCACAUUGAUCUGUACGGCAUUGCUGGUGUUAUUCACGUCCUUCUAUUCGGUAAAUACGUUGAAUCAACACCAGUCAAUGACGAAAACGCAGCAGCCGGAUCUCCACGCACGUACCGCAUCCGCGAGUCCCUCAAACGAUACUGGGACCGCGAUCUCUGGGCUGGCGUCUUUGAUUUACUGCUCAACCCCGGCGCUGAGCGGUGGCAAAGUAUCGAGCGGGAGAAUGGUGUCGAUGCUGAUUCUGAUGUGCAAAUUCUCCCCGUUGUGCAUUCCAUGCGUCAAGUUCGUCUUGCUAUGGAAGAGUGGCUUCUUAGCCACGCUGAGAAGAAGGGUCUUGCGCUGCAGCUGAGGAAGAUCGAGGCAUUGCUUGCAGACCGGAAGAAAAAGUUGGAGAAGUGA